UGUUUUUUCUUGGAUUCAUUCAUUCACAUUGGAAGCAACAUGGAAGAAAAAACAUGGGCUUUGUCCUUGUUUUUUGUUUUUGCUUGUCUAUCCCAUGUUCUUGGAGAUGUUCAUUCACAUGAUCAUCAAAUGAGGAAAUUGCAAGCCUUUAAAGCUUCAAUUGUUCGUCGCGAUUCUAUUUCUCCUUUUCCUUCUCCUUCUCCUACUAGAUUUUCACCAUCACCAUCAACACCAUCAGUAGUGACCGUUACACCAAGUCCAAGCGUAUAUCAUGUAACAUCAUAUGGUGCAGACCCAACUGGGAAAUUAGAUAGCACACAAGCAAUUCUACAAGCAAUUUCUGAUGCACUUGAAGGUCCAACUAAUGGUUUCUUAAUGCAAGGAAUUUCAAAUCUUGGUGGUGCUCAAAUUAAUCUUGAAGGUGGAAAUUACUUGAUUAGCCAACCAUUGCAAUUCCCUGUUGUCAGCCGUGGCAAUCUCAUGAUUCAUGGAGGAACACUAAAAGCUUCAGAUGAUUUCCCAACAGAUGGAUAUCUUCUCGAUUUAUCGACAUCUUCAAGCAAUGCUCCUGAAUAUUUAUUCGAAUUCAUAACGUUAAGAGAUUUAUUGCUUGAUUCUAAUUUCAGAGGAGGAGGUAUCCAAGUGAUAAAUUCACUAAGAACAAGCAUUGACAAUUGCUACAUUACACAUUUCACAACAAAUGGUAUUUUAGCUAAAGGUGGUCAUGAGACAUACAUUAGAAAUUCAUUUCUUGGACAACAUAUUACUGCUGGUGGUGAUAAAGGAGAGAGGAAUUUCUCCGGCACCGCGAUAAAUUUAAUGGGAAAUGACAAUUCUGUUACUGAUGUUGUGAUUUUUUCAGCUGAAAUUGGUAUAAUUGUAACAGGCCAAGCAAAUUUGUUAUCAGGUGUACAUUGCUACAAUAAGGCUACUGGAUUUGGUGGAACUGGAAUUUACCUAAAACUCCCUGGUUUAACACAAACAAGAAUUGUUGAUUCCUAUUUGGAUUUUACUGGAAUUGUGGCAGAGGACCCUGUUCAACUCCAAAUUUCAAACACUUUUUUUCUUGGAGAUGGAUUUAUUAAGUUGAAAUCUAUAAAUGGUGUUGUGAAUGGAGUUAACAUAGUGGACAAUAUGUUUUCUGGAUCAAAUAAAGGGAUUGAUAUUGUUCAAUUGGAUCAAUCUAAUGGACCAUUUAAGACAAUUGAACAAGUUGUGGUGGAUAGAAAUAAUGUUAAGGGGAUGAAUCUUAAGGCUACAAUUGGAAGUGGGGUUGUUCAAGGGAAUGGUACUUCAUGGACUUUGGAUCUUAAUCCAAUUCUUAUAUUUCCUAAUCUUAUUAAACAUGUUCAGUACACUUUUUUCCAGAGCGGAAAUGCUUUCGUUAAUCACGCUCUGAGAAAUAUAUCGAAUAAUAGGGUUUCAGUCGAAUCAGACGUGCAAAUUCCAGCAAGUGUGUUCGUAGUGGCGGAUCAAGGUAAAUGAUCAUAUUUGAGCUAACAUGUUUAGGCUCAAGAAAUUAAUAAUCAUAGGGAUGUUAUUUUAUUGGUUUUAUUAGAUCUCUUGGAAUCAUUCUUGAAAAAGAAAUGUUUAUGUCAAGGAAAAUUCAAAAGUAUAUUCCAGCAAUACAAGGAAUGCUUUUUGAUAGCAA